AAAUUCAAGAUGGCGUCCCACAGACAAGACAUAGCUCUGCAUGUCUGGCUUCAAAAUAAACUUUCUAGCGACGAUCCCUGGUCAGGAUCAAAUCUACGAUCCUUAUUGACUCAAGAUGUAUUAAGGAAUAUCCCUGAGUGCUUUCAUCGGCUCGAACCUCAAGUAAAGAUCAAACUUUUAAUGGCUUUUCUUCAUCUUCCUCGUCGAGUUUUGGAAGAAACCAGUGCUGAUUUGUGCGAGACGUUGGAAAUAGGAUCUCAAGAUGAAGACGAGUGGGUUCGUGUAAUUUGUGAGAUCCUUAAAUAUUACCCAACGUCAGGGAUGCUKAAUGUACAUUUGGAACAAGCUAGCCCUGUAUUUGCUGAAGUCACUCAACAGUUGAAACAGAGUUUGGCUACAGCAGAAAAUGGUUCAAGUCUUCUGCCACUAGAGUGUACAUAUCUUAACAAGAUGGCACUCCAUUCUGUAGUGGGUCAACAGCCUACAUUACCAAAACACUUCACUCUAAGGAGAAAACCCAAAUCAGCUGCUCUUAGAGCUGAACUCAUUCAGAAAGCUAGUGAAGCUCUUUCUACUCAGAAGAAAAUUGGUACUGCUGGAAGCUCUACUCACAAGCUUCAAUCACCUGCCAAGAAGUUUGAACCACCUUCACGUGUAAACACAAGACCCAUCAACAGACCAAGGAUCUCUAGCAGUGCUACACCAUCAAGAAGCAUUAUAUCGGCUGCUACUCUUAAACAGCAUGGCAGAACAAAGUUACUGGAUAUAAAUGAGCAGCCAAUUGGGGGAGGAAGAGAAGUCAAGAGAAGGAAGAAACUGUUAGAAGCCGAGCAAGCUGAGGAAGCAAAACAGAAAAAGGCAACAGAAACAGCAAAAACCCAAGAACCUGCUACUCCAGAGUAUGCUGCAGGGCUUCAGCCUCUCGUACCUCAGACAAAGGCAACUCCAACACCUAGUACCCCAUCCACAACAGCAACAAUUGUUACUCCUACACCAUCAUAUGCCGUAAUAUCCAACAGGGGUGUGGCAACAACCCCUGCACCUCCCACCCCUGCAACCUCAUCAGAUGUAGGCGCAGAGACUUCUAAACUGAGUGAAAGCACUUUGGAUCUCAAGAGAGAACUAGAGACUGCUGUAGAGCAGCAACGACAGCUUAUGAGAGAAAGACAACAACAAAAAAUGACAGCAGCAAUGGCAAUGCCAAGCACACCUGCUUCGACCAUCACCCCAACAAACCCCAUCACACCAGCUACACCUUCUACAUCCUCUCUGAACAUGCCAUCAGGAGCGCAAGCACCAGCCAUGCCGACUCCAUCAAAUGCUGCAGCAUCGACAUCACUUCAGCAACAACAACAAAUGUUUCAACAGCAGCAGCAGCAGCAGCAGAAUAAGAGGCAGCUUACCCUUUCUCGUGAACAAAUGCUUGCAGCUCAUGAAAUGUUCAGAAAUGCAAAUAGAGUCAGUCGAGCAGAGAAGGCUCUCAUCUUGGGCUUUAUGGCUGGCGCUAGAGACAAACCUUUCCCUAACCAAGGUCCAAUCAUUACCAUCAAACUAAGUGAAAACACAGAAAACGUCCAAGGGUCUGAUGGGAACCAACAGACUCUACUUGUUGAAAUGCUAUUUGAAAUGAACUAUGACACUGGUCACUGGCGAAGACUCAAGAGGACUAGAGUGGUGUCUAAACAGAACCCUGGACAACCACGACCUACAAGCUGAUCCAGGAGCAUUGAAUGUGUGUGUGAAGUGAAGGGAAAUGAGAAGAAAAAUAGAAAAAGCGGAGGUCAGAACAGCUAUUWAAAAAAAUACUAAGCAGCCUUGACAAACCAGAAAAAGUGAAAGGGAAAUAAAAAGAGGAAAGGGAAAUAAAAAGAAAGUAAUAACAGUGGGAAAUGACUUCAGUAGAAAUCUCAAAGAAGAUUCUACACACCUCGUUAACAUUUUUAACAGUAAAGUAUUUGAGAAGUGAAGUGAUAAAGUGACACUGAUAAAGUGCAGUAAAAAAGAAAGCAAUGAAGUCGCUUCAGCCUGCGUGAGAACAAGUGCCGGGAGUCAAAUAUAUUUAUUUAUGACUAUUAUAGAAGUAAGAAAAUGACAAAGGUAUAUAGUAAUAAAAAAUAAAUUUUA